AUCAGCUGUUUCCCCCUGACGGUAUACGUUCAUGUUUUCAUCACCAUAGCUUUUGCAAUACUUUCAGAGAAACUGACGGUUACAAAAUGGAGGACGUUCUGGAUGAAAGUGUUUCUGAAGAGGACUUAAGGAAAUUUGAGCGGCGGUACCAUGACAGUUUGGCCCAGGGAACAGUUACCCAUGUCAUCCAAUUUGAAUAUGCCUGGUGUUUAAUUCGGAGUAAAUAUCCCACAGAUGUGAAAAGGGGCAUUUUCCUUUUGGAAGAUUUGUCAAAGGGUGAAAAUGAAUCUGGAAAGCGGGACUGCAUCUAUUACCUUGCCAUUGGCAAUGCCAAAAUUAAAGAAUACAGCAAAGCCUUAGGAUAUACAAAAGUUUUACUGCAAGUAGAACCAGGCAAUCGACAAGUUCAAACUCUGAAACACACCAUUGAGAAACGUAUGGAAAGAGAGGGACUGAAAGGCAUGGCUAUUAUAGGUGGAGCAGCCUUGGCUUUGGGCAGCCUGAUUGGAUUAGGGGUAGCUCUGGCGAGAAAGUGAUAGAGUUUGUGUACAAUACAUGGUACACAUCUAAUUCUGUAAAACAUUUUGUUUCAUGUUCUGUACCGAAAAUGCCUGUAUUUUGAGUUUUUGAUAUUGUUACAACAUAAAAAUGUCUUGUGUAACUACA